ACAACAGGAUUUGAACCUUGGUCGCAGUUUCUUAUCUCUCAAACAUUACAACACAAAUAACUGACGUAUGUUGAUAGAUAAGGUUAAACUAUUGCAAAUCUUUCACAAGUAGCUGUUGGUGAUUUCACAAGCUUGGACAUUUGUUUUCACUGGAUUACUUUAAAUCAAAAUAUUCGACUUAGGUGGAGCAUAGAGUCACUUUUACUAUAUAAAUAUAAUACUAAAUAACUUUUUUUGUUUUUCAAGCAGUAAAAGAUGGAAGGUCAAGAGAAAGCUGGUGCAAACUUCAAUGAGCCCCCACCCAAGUAUGAGCCCCCUCAACCUGGGUCUCAGUACUCUGAACAAGCACCUGGCUAUGUACCUGGCCCUCAACCCGUUGGCUACCCUCCUGCCCAGCCUGGGAACUAUGGACCUUACCCGGGAUAUGUACCAGGACAAGUUGUAGCUGGUCAAACUACUGUAGUUGUGCAGCCCCAGCUGAUGGCAAUCAAUGGAGGAGCCUACAGGUACAUGCAGAACCCUGCCCUGAUUGUCUGUCAGCACUGUCAGGCUACUGUCACAACAUCUCUGACGUAUGAAGUUGGACUGUUAACUUAUGCCAUUAGUGGUUUGAUGUGCCUUUUUGGUCUAUGGCUGGGUUGCUGCUUGAUACCUUUCUGCAUUGAUGGAACCAAAGAUGUUGAGCACCGCUGUCCAAAUUGUAAACAGAUUGUUGGAAAGUUCCGACAUUUUAGCUAAAAUAUAUUUUACUUAAAUUCAAGAGAUAAUUGUACUUUGAUGUUUUAAUGAAUAGGGAAAGGUACAUGGUAAAGGAUUUUAAACUUUUUUUUAUAAAUCUGAAGAGGAAUAUCAGAUCCAGCUUUCUUAAACAUUUUAACAUAAACAAAAUUUAAAACUGUUCAGUGUUAUCUAUUAUUCUGCCUAUUUUACAGCAUCAAAUGAUAAAAUCAAAACUUGUGUAUAUGUACAGGUUAUAUUUUGUCUUAAAGAUGAAUUUAUUCUUUGUUUUAAAGUGCAGUAGUAUUUUUGUUUGUACAAAGUGGCUUACAAUUACCAAAAACCUAUCUUAAAUUAUAUUUUGUUUGACUUGAGAAGGCAAUUAUUUAAAACAAGGGAUCAAGUAAAUUGAAAUCCUUAGUAGUACCUUCUGUUGAGUGUUAUCCUCAUAACAUGGCAGUGUUAGCAUUUUUAAAAGUUAGCAAAAUGUCUUAAAAUGUCAACCCAAAAAUAGUACAUUAACAGUCUAAGUCUUUCUUGUAACAGUUUUAUUUUACUGGCGUUUCUACACAAACAUAUUUUUUUUACAUUUAAAUUUUCUAUUUUAAUAUGAAUUUAGUUUUAAAUAAAUUGCUGUUUUUUUAGAUGUAAAUACUAAGCUUCUAAAACUGUAUAAAAGUGCAUUUAACAUUUACUGACUGUUACAUUACAUUAACCCCUUUUAUUUGUACAAUAUGUUUAUUCUGACAUUAAAUGUUAAGUUUUUAUUCUUUUGUUACUGCUUAACUUUUUAUCUAAAAGCUUAAAUAAAUACUAAUUUUGGGAAUGUAUUAGUUAUAAUCUUUAUAUCCCUUAUAUUAAAUAAUCCCAAAAAAUUGUUUUGAUGUCUUUUCAUCACACAUGUUAUUGUCCUGCUUUUAACACUGCUUCAUUUAAAGCUACAGCCAGUGUGAUACAUUUUGGUGCAAUUCCAGAUUACUUAUAUCUGAAUGUCAUUAGGGUAAUUUUAAAUCAAGUUGUUACAUGUUAUUGUUCACAAGUGUGGUAAAUUUACAAACAUUUUAAAAAUCCUAUUUGGUUUGUAUUUCUUUUUUUUAUACUUUCGUAUUAUACAUACAAAAUCCAUUUUUUAGUCUCCAGUUAUAUAUAAACUAUAUUACGCAUUUAAUUUUGUGUCUUCCAUUAUUGUCAGUAUUUUUAUUUCAUUGUUCAUUUGUUCUACUUCUUGUAAAGACAACUUCCUUAAGUUAUGUUAUCCCAUGAAACCGUAAUUAUUCUUGAUCAAAUACUUUCUUAGAUAAUGUAGUGAAAUUAUCCUUUUUAGUGCCUUUAUAAAUAUAUAUAGUAAUAUAGUCAUUUUCUUUUCUGAAUGAAUCAAAGAAAGGCAAUAUUUUCA